AGGCAGCUGAGUUGUGCACCCAGCGCAUCCAGUCGCGAGGCUUGGGACAUCUCUCACUGCUUCCCCAAGCGGUGGACGCCCAUUCGGUGGUCUGCGGUGCGGCAGAGGACGCCGAAGUGCUCACCGAUGAGGAGAAGUGCAGCUUGGACCUCUGCAGCGACCUGGACCUGAGGCUGCCGCGCUUGAUGAUGCUGUCCGAAGCGCUGAAGAAGCUGAAAGAGGGUGGCUUCUUGGCAGACGGGGUUUCCAACGACAUCGACAGCAUGGAGGAAGCUGUGAAGAGCUCUCAAGCCCAUGAGCUGAAGCUUUCCAGCAGGUGGAAGACCCUGUAUUGGAUGAUCGCCCUGGACUGGCACUUCCUUUGGGAGGAUACGUCAGAAGCACUGCGCCUACUGCUGCUUGAGGCGCUGCGCGCCAUGCCCGAGCUGGUGGCCGUGAACGAACCGCACGUGACUCUUGCCUGGCUUGGCUCAGAAGAGCACCCAGAGUUGGAUGAAGAGCUUGGGAAGUUGGAAGGCUCGCAGGUCCACUUUUCAGUGAAGUCGGUGUGCUACGACCGCAGCGGUGCUGGGCUGCUGGCCCUGCGGGUGAACUUGGAGACGCCCUAUGCGGAGCUGUGCCAAAAUCGGCACCCGCACAUCACGGUGGCCAAGGGCCCCGGUGUGGCGGCCAAAGAGUCCAAUGACUUGCUGCAACGCUUGGCUGAGCUUCCGUCGGACUUCUCUUCGGGGCCUUCGGGGCUGGUGGAGAAGGUCUUGGAGAACUCGCUGAAGGUUACAGGAGUGGUGCAACGGCAGCUGGCCUCAGAGUCGUUGGCCCUGGCCACCGCCACAGCGGACACGCUGCCGGAGGGGCACCCGGUGCUGCCGGGGCUGGGGCUGGCGGCAACGGAACAAGCGGUGGAUGUGUGGGCCACACAUGAGAGCUCCAUCCGCAUUCGAAAGGUGGAGCGAAUCCUUGGGAGUUUGUUGUGUCCCGUGUCACAGCCACUGAUGCACUGCAAAGGUUGGCCCCCGGCGCUGCGGGGAAAGAAGUGGUUCACCUUCCACGAACGCCCGCUGCAGCCCUCGACGCGCGCAGCCUUGGAGACACUGCAACGGAACGGCUCCUUCUCGACGCUGCAUGCGGCGGUGGCGUAUCUGCAGCUCGAGGACUGGCAGAACUUGUCCUUGGAAACUUUGCAACAGCAUCUCGUAGAUCGUCUUCACGGCCCUGGGGUGAAGGCCCUUCGGACCGCGGCAGCGGUGUUGGAGGUGACAGGGGGGCCCUGUUUCUAUGUGCAGUGCAAAUCAGUGGGCAGUCAGGAGCAGACCUUGGUCUUCCGCCGGGCACUGGCAGCUGCAGUGUCAGAGCUCAUGGAUUGGAUUCCAGAGAUUAAGAACCCCCACCUGACGCUGUCCGUGCAUCUGAAGGACGACUGGAUGCUGCUGGGUUUCGUCUUUCCAAAGGCAGCUGCCGAGGCCAAAGCAAAGACGGCCAAGGUCAAGGUGGUGCCUUCAGAACCAACGGUGGGGCCGGGUCAGUCGGCAGCUGCAGCGGAGAUCCCAUUGCCCGAAGUGACGGAGGGGCUGCUGCAAAUUGAUGGGUCAACGUUGGAAGGCGGGGGUCAGCUUCUUCGGAACUCCGCGGCCUAUGCUGCGGCGCUGCAACGAGGUAUAUCCAUCUGCAACGUGCGCGGCGGCAGGGGCACUCCUGGGCUGCGUCCCGCGCACCUAGCAGCCCUCGAAGCCCUGGCCCGACUGAGCAGCGCCACGCUGAGCGGUGCCGCGGUGGGCAGCGGCCAAGUGACCUUCGAGGCCAAGGGCGCGGCCGGCGCUGCGGUCCAGGUGGUGGAUGCCGGAACAGGUGGUUCCACCAUGCUCAUGCUCCAAGCGCUGCUUCCAAUGAUGUUGGCCAGAUCUGGUCUGGAAGGUGGCUGUCCAGUGGAGGUGAUUUUCAAGGGUGGCACCAACGUUUGUUCACCGAGACCGUUCGAGAUCAAUGCACCACAGGUGGACUACGUUGAACUGGUCUUGUUUCCCGUGCUGCGGAAGCUCUUUGGCGUCACCCUAGAACUGCAGGUGAAACAACGAGGCUUUCUCCAUGGCGGUGGUGAGGUUCUAGUGCGAUGUUCGACCCCCCGCUGGCCACUGGAAGCUUCAGAGAUGGUGGAGCCAGGUGAGAUUCUGGAGGUCGCAGGCACAUUGUACCGCUCCGCGGCGGUGCCACAAAACGUUCUGCCGCGGAUGCUGGAAGGUCAGCUGAAGAAGCGACCAGGAGGUGCUGCUGUGCUGCUGAAAGAAAAACUACCAGAGAUCGUGCCUCACUUUGAGUGCCAGGAGUGUCCCACGGCCAACGGUGCCGAUGCCUGCGGGCUGGUCGUGGUGCUGCGCAGUUCCACGGGAUGUCACUUUGGAGGCGACUCUAUGGGCCGUAAGGGAACCAUGGCCGAGGCGGUCGGGGAAGAAGCGGCACGCAAGGCCUGGGCAGCCUAUGGUCGCGGUGGAUGUUGCGAUGAACAUCUGGAGGAUCAAUUGGUGAUUUUCAUGGCCUUGGCGAAGGGAACUUCGCGACUUCGACUGGGCACGAAGCAAUCGCUGCAUUUUCAAACGGCCUUGUGGCUCGCUCAAGCCUUUGGGGCUUCGCUGCGAGUUGUGCCAGAUGUACAGGGCGAAAUCCUGGAGAUUGAGGGCGUUGGGAGCUAACUCCCCGUUUUUCAACGCCAUGGUGGUCAUGUUUGGCCCCCUUGUUGUACAGUGUACAGCUGGGAGAAACGGUGAGUUGAUGGAGUUGGGACAGUUGGGAGACUGCACCUGCCAUAAGUUGCAAGUUGCAACGCCC